AUGAGAUCAAUAUUCCCCCAAUAUAAUCCCGAAUUACCUCCCAAUCAGCAAAAAUAUUAUCCAAAUGCAGGAUCGCCUCGGAGUAGCUCGGAUCAGCCACCAUCACGAGUAGAUUAUGGCGCUCUCUCCCCUCCAGAAAAUUCUGCAAGUGGCGGCUCAUCGUAUUCCUCGAAUGACGGAGCCGUUAUUGCUUCUGUGGAAUCUCUUGAAAAGCUAUGGGGUGCCACAUGUGGUGAGAGUUCCGGGUUUGAUACUAAUGUAUUCCAUAUGAGUAUUCGAAGAAUUGAUUCGUUUACGUAUGACAUCGGCACUGGUCCUGUGCCCUUCUAUACCUUGAAAAACGACACAAUAAGUGAUCUUGAGCUUCACAAAACACAUCCAACAAAACCAAACACCAAAUCACCGAUUGUAACACUCAGUCUCGACCACAUUGAAAACCGUACUAGUGCUACAAUUUCAAUUUUUCCAAAGAUAGCAGAGAUUUUAGCGAGAGAGCAGUCACUAGAACUAGCCAGGCAAAAUCAACUGUCUCCCGCGCAUGCCAUGGAAGCCGAAGAUGAUGCAGUAAACCGAAUUAAAGCCAAGGAGACAUGCCUUUUCGAGUGGCGGGAUGCCCAAACCCGAUAUAAGCUACAUUACCAGGCAAUGAUGAAUUCUUCUCCAUCUACCUCUGGCGGCAGCCUUAAAUCAGCUCAGUCAAGUCUACCGGCGUGUUUGCUUAACGCAUCGGUAUCCAGCUCGCUGCCUCCCUAUGGAGGGCGAUCAUAUGCUCCUACCGUUUUACUAUCUGCCCCCAAUAACGAGCCAUCGUCGUCAAGAAACGCCGAUACGCCAUUGAUAACCGUGGAUUUAGAACAUAUGACACUUACCGUCUUUGCUAACAACAUCCUUGCAAUCGUUCCAUCCCUACACAGUAUCGAUACCCUUGUCGCUGCCGUCCUUACAGUUACUGUUUCAAAUGAAACUACCAAGCAAAUUCUCGAAAGUAUAGACGUCUAUGCGCCCAAGCCUGAGGAGUUCCCUGACCCCUAUCGGCCACCCACCCCGAACCCAGCGUCGAUCAUUGCAAACAAUAAUAACAGCAGCAAUGAUAAUAGCAACAAGUCUCCUGUACCAGGAGAAGAACGCCGUUAUUACACGCCAACCGGCAAGCAGAUAUUCACCACCCAAGCCGAACGAGAGGAAUUCGAGCAGGAGGCAGAAUUGAUGUCCCAAAUCAGUCAGAAAAAAGGAAAAGGAAAAAGGACAGAAUCGAGAUCAUCUCUCGCACCAGCAUGGGCGUGGCCGUGGAAGAGGGAACCCGAAGUCGAAGAAAUCGACCUGGAAGCAAACAUCGGCAGAGCCAAUAACACAGCUUCCAGAGAACAGGAAGAAGAACCCACCAUCACGGCAAAGCAACAGAAUAAGAGGAAGCCUGCCCUAGUGAUUGAAGAGAUUGAUGUUGAGCGUUACGGACGCUAUGCAGAUGGUAGUCCGCGCGCGGGAGAGAAGCUACCUAAACCAACUCGAGCUGCGCUACGGAUGUUGUUCUGGUUUUUCUCUAUUAUCAUGUGGUGUCUUACUACAUGUGUGAAGAGCCUUGCAUGGAUGCUUGUUCAUAUCACACAGUGUCUAAGUAGCAAGAAGGUUUGA